AUGGCAUCACUAUUGCGAAGACCUCCUCCAGAGCAUCCGAUUAUUGCUCAGUUUUUGAGGCCGAGCUUGAUGGCGAUUAGAGAAGCAAUAAAUUAUGCAGCAAAACAGGAAGAACAAACUACAAUUUAUACAGAUUCACUCUCCUCAUUGCAUGCACUGGCUGACCCCACACAUAAAAAUACGAUUGUCCAAGACAUAAAACAUGCUUGGAGACAGAGUAUCUCACUGAAUUGGAUUAAAGCACACGUUGGGCAUGCCGGCAAUGAGGAGGCGGACCAACUAGCCAAAGAAGCCACCAGACUUGACACCAUAGAAAAUACUACCUGGCUGACCCCCAUUCAGAUCAAAUCUAUAAUCAACAACCAUAUUAUGGCUCGAUGGAAAUUGGACUGGACCAACAGUACAAAAGGACGGCAGACUUACAAAUUCUUUAAGGAUCCAAAAACUACAAGAAUGAAG